AUGGCACCCGUCUUUGCCCGACAGUCCCACAAUCCCACUCUUGCUGUUCCCCGACCACAGGAAGUCCUCCCUAACAUCCCCUUACCGGGCACAAAGUAUAUCGGUCUCAAGGUAUUUCUGCAGCUCUUUGCAGGUACGAUCUGUAUAUUCUUUCUUGCAGUCUUGUUUUGGAGGCUGGGAAGGUUCGUUCGGCGUUUCACCAGGGAUCGAGUCCUCGGAGGAGGAAACAUUACCGCCUCACGAUAUGCGAGGACAUGGUAUGGUUGGAUACCAUUGCAGCAGCAUGAACACAAUAAAGCACGACUCAAAAGAUGUUUUCGCUGGAUUCGGAAUUGGACCUCCUGGAAAUCAUCCAAGGAUGACUACAGCUGGGUGUGGUGGGACCCAAGGGAGAAGGAAACGAAAAGCCGCCGCAAGAAACAAGGACCGCUGCGAUUGCUACCAGCCUGCUUCGAGGAUUACGAGUACCCCACAGCCGAUACGAUUUGGGGGCCUUGUUCGCGCAUGUCCCCCCUCUCUAACACGGGGCCAUGUGUGCCAUUCGCGAUGUCGGGCGCUCUCCCGACUCGCGAGACCGCCAGGGUAACAACCAGAGAAUCAUACAGUGUAUCCCGAUGGAAACAUAGGGAGAAUGCCCCGACAAUCCACGAGGAAUCUAUAGUGCUGGAAACAAACGGAGUCACAUUAGAAAUCGAUGCUCGCAGAAUUCUCAGCUGCAGUGCCUCAAUCCAAAGCAGACUUCCGGCCGAUGAAACCCCCGCAGCUUACAUGAAUAGACGCUUUCUUUCAUUGGACCAAGGAUCUCGAUUCAUGAGAGGCAACUGCCCUGUGGAUAUGUUCGCCGACUACGAGCAGUCACUAAGAUAUUGGCAGUCUCUCCCAUGCCUUUUGACCCCGGAGCUGGUCUUGCAGAAGAUGAAAGAGUGGUCACAAGUCUCACAGAAUAGUGUGGAAAAAAACCACCUUAAGGCAAUGCCCGACACAAUCGAAUUCCUCCGACGCUCUCGCAAAUACCAGGUUUGGUCGGCCCGGAUGGAGGUCAAAACAGCAGCCGAUGUACGGUACGGCAUGGGCAGGUUUUCCGCGCCUCCAGGAAGCCCUUGUUCAGAAAUGUUAAGGAGCAUCUCCUCUCAGCAAACCUUUUGCCUGGAAUCCGUACGGAGAGCAAAAGGAAUGAUCGCUAUGAGCGUUUCUUCUGAGUCAAGCGAGUUUCUUCGGGUCAGCGUUGGGCGGAAAUCCCAUCCUCGAGAAAGAGCUCGGUUAAUACACCCCCAGAACGAUGGCCCCGAUGAUGGAAGCUGGUCCUCCGUGCACAUCCUCACUAGCCCCCAACCCUCGCGUUACUCAAGGGCCGGUACAGCCCCUUGGAAAUUUCACGAAAAGGCUGCAAAACGUCUGGGGUCGCAAGCUCUCUCUGCGCCAGUUAAAAGGCCUGCCCAGACUGAAAAGCAAGCAGGCGAGAGACUGCAGACAGUGCGCACGCAAAGAGUCUCCGAAAAUACCAAGAGGUAUACGUUUCCGCAAGUAACGAUACCUAUUAGGUGUUUGAGUGACUGGGAAAUCCGACUGAUAGACGGUCUGGAUCGACGCCUUGACUGGCUUUCUAAUCAACUUAGUCCGGGACGGAGAGCGUUUCAUUUCGCCAUGCUUGCCAAUCACUGGCUGAAUAAGAAGACGUGGGUUGUCUAUGACCCCAUAUCACGGGUUCCAAUCGAAGCGAGACGACUACUAGGCGACCCACGAUUUAACGUACCAUAUCCGCUUCCCGACUGGGGGGCGAAGCCGAAGUAUCCGCAAGUGCAUCGCAAGGUCGUUCAUAAGCCCCGAAUAGAUUCCUGGAGGAUCGCGAUGAACAAAAACCGGCAGCAUAUGGGCCUCAAGGAUUUCAUAAAGGUUGUCGAAUUACCUGAUGGCUCAACUGAGGACCCACCUGACGGAGAUGUCGACCCGGCGUGUUGGAUCCUCCGCAAGCCCCCGCAGGGUUUCGGCACAUCAAAAAAGCAGAAAGAGACCUACUAUGAAGGGGGCGCGGGGUGGCAAGAAACGUUCGGUGACUGGCAGAGGGUCCGUCGGGGCUAUCGCAUUCACAAGGCAAUCCAUGAGGGUCGAGUUAACCGGGGCCGAGUUAAAGAAAUUGGCCAUGGCAUCGCACGAUAUUCUAGAAGGAUACAAUCGGAUGUCUUCUCACGGUCGCUCAAGUCGAAUCAAGGACCACAAUGA